AUGAUAUACUCUAGUACGACUUGUCAAGGAAAAGGUGAAGAAGAAAUGGAGAAGGAUAACACUACCAAAGAAAUAAUAAGUGAAUUACAACAAGAGAUUAUAGAGAAGGAUAAAUAUAUUGCCUCUAUGAAAAAACGUUCACUGGCCUUUGAGGAUGAUGUGAUUGAAAUUGAAAAAAAAUACAACGACGAGAUACAGACUUACAAGCGUCAAAUACAAAAUAUAGAGCAACAACUUGCAUAUUUAUCCUCAAAAAACAGUACACUGCAGGAACUGACAACCUCACUUCUGAUGGAAGAGUCUCCUGUUGCGAAUGAUAUUAGGGCCAGAAGUUUCCAAAUGAAGACAAACGAUAUGUGUAAAAGCCAGCCGAUAGAAAAUGAAUUCGACAAACAUCAAACAGCGACUUUUGCCCAAUGUACAUCCAACGUUUCCCCUAUACCCCAGUUAGACCGCGAAGUAGCAGCAGAAUCUGUAAGACAAACUCCAAUAGAAUUCGAUGAUGUAUAA